AUGGCGCAAAACUCCGCAUCCCAGAACCCACUCGGGGAGAACACUGCCCCUUUGACUGAGACUCCUCCUCCCGUCGAUCAGCAAACUCGCACUCAGAUCGCCGAAGCUGCUGCUGCGAACGAUGGCGCCGCCGCCCCCAAGGUGAAGUCCGAGAAAGAACUCGAGCGUGAGCGCAAGAAGGCUGAGAAGGCGAAGAAGUUCGCUGAGAAACAGGCCAAGGCCAAGACCGCGAAGCCUGCCGCUCCCAAGGCCGAGAAGAAGGUGCAGAAGGUUGAGAAGGAGAAGACUGCCGACGCAUACGAUCCCAAGACUAUCGAAGCCGGUCGCCUUGAGUGGUGGGAGGAGAGGGACCUCUUCAAGCCCGAAUGGGGCCCUGAUGGCAAGGUCAAGCCAGAGGGCUCCUUCGUCAUUCCUAUUCCUCCUCCCAACGUCACCGGCUCUCUUCACAUGGGUCACGCUCUGACCAACGCCUUGCAAGACACUAUGAUCCGAUGGCAGCGUAUGAAGGGUAAGACUACUCUGUGGCUGCCUGGCAUGGACCACGCUGGUAUCUCUACGCAGAGCGUCGUUGAAAAGAUGCUGUGGAAGAAGGAGAAGAAGACCCGACACGAUCUCGGCCGUGAAGCUAUGGUCAACCUCAUCUGGGAUUGGAAAGAUGAGUACCACAAGAACAUCAAGAAUGCCCUCCGGAGAGUUGGCGGGUCUUUCGACUGGAGCCGUGAGGCCUUCACCAUGGACCCUAACUUGUCUGCCGCCGUCACCGAAACGUUUGUCCGCCUUCACGAGGAGGGUACUAUUUACCGUGCCAACCGUCUUGUCAACUGGUGUGUUGCUCUCAACACAUCGCUUUCGAACCUUGAGGUCGAGAACAAGGAGAUUGAAGGCCGCACUCUUUUGGAUGUUCCCGGCUAUGACCGCAAGGUUGAGUUUGGUGUUCUCACCCACUUCUGCUACGAGAUCGACGGCUCACCUGAGCGUAUCGAGAUCGCCACGACUCGUCCCGAAACCAUGGUUGGCGAUACCGGUAUUGCUGUCCACCCUAACGAUCCUCGCUACAAGCACCUGAUCGGCAAGAACGCUCGUCAUCCCUUCGUUGACCGUUUGCUGCCUAUCGUUGCCGACGAGGGCGUUGAGCCCGAAUUCGGUACCGGUGCCGUGAAGAUCACCCCUGCUCACGACUUCAACGAUUUCAACCGCGGCAAGCAGCACAACUUGGAGUUCAUUUCUGUCCUGAACGACGACGGCACCUUCAACAAGAACGCAGGACCCUUCGUUGGUAUGAAGCGCUUUGAUGCUCGUUAUCAGGUCAUCGACAUGCUCAAGGAGAAGGGCUUGUACGUGAAGUGGGAGCACAACCCCAUGAAGGUGCCCCGCUGCUCAAAGUCAAACGAUAUCAUUGAGCCUAUCCUCAAACCCCAAUGGUGGAUGAAGAUGGAGUCACUGGUCGGCCCCGCUAUUGAGGCCGUUGAGAAGGGUGACAUUAUCAUUCGUCCAGAGUCUGCCGAGAAGAACUACUUCCGCUGGAUGCGCAAUCUCAAUGAUUGGUGUCUGUCGCGUCAACUUUGGUGGGGUCAUCAGGCCCCCGCUUACUUUGUGAACAUCGAGGGCGAGGAGAAUGAUGACUCUAACGGCGAAUUCUGGGUCACUGGUCGCACCGAAGAGGAUGCUCGCAAGAAGGCCGAAGUCAAGUUUCCCGGUAAGAAGUUUACUCUUGACCGUGAUCCCGAUGUACUGGACACUUGGUUCUCUUCCGCUCUGUGGCCCUUCUCAACCCUGGGUUGGCCCCGCAAGACUCACGACUUCGAGAAUUUGUAUCCCACCUCUGUGCUUGAAACUGGUUGGGACAUUCUAUUCUUCUGGGUUGCUCGUAUGAUUAUGCUCGGCAUCAAGAUGACCGGACAGAUUCCUUUCAAGGAGGUGUACUGCCAUUCCCUGAUUCGUGAUUCCGAAGGUCGCAAGAUGUCCAAGUCUCUUGGCAAUGUCAUCGAUCCUUUGGACGUGAUGGAGGGCAUCCAGCUCCAGACCCUGCACGACAAGCUUCUUGUCGGCAACCUCGCUGAGAAGGAGGUUGCUACUGCGACAAAGUACCAGAAGAAGGCUUUCCCCAAGGGCAUUCCUGAGUGCGGUGCUGACGCUCUUCGCUUCGCCCUUGUUUCGUACACGACUGGUGGUGGCGACAUUGCCUUCGACGUUCAGGUCAUCCACGGUUACCGCAGAUUCUGCAACAAGAUUUACCAGGCGACUAAGUUCGUUCUUGGUAAGCUCGGCGACGACUUCAAGCCCUUAUCCACUGUGACGAAGACCGGUCACGAGUCUUUGUCCGAGCGUUGGAUCCUGCACAAGCUCAAUGCUGCCGCGAAGGAGAUGAACGAGGCCCUCGAAGCGCGUGAAUUCUCUGUGACUGCCAAUGUUUCUUAUCAAUAUUGGUACUCUCAGCUGUGCGAUGUGUUCAUCGAGAACUCCAAGUACCUCCUGGCCGAGGACGCCUCCUCCGAGACCCAGGAAUCUGCCAAGCAGACUCUUUACACUGCCCUUGAAGGUGCUCUGUGUCUCAUCCACCCCAUCAUGCCCUUCGUUACGGAGCAUCUGUGGCAACGUCUUCCCCGGCGCCCACACGACAAGACCUUCUCCAUCAUGCGUGCCAAGUACCCCGAGUAUCGCGCCGAGUUCGAUGAUCCCGCUGCUGAGAAGGCUUAUGAGCUUAUCUUGAACACCUCCAAGGCUAUCCGCUCGAUCCUUGCUCAAUAUGAUGUCAAAGCUAAGGGUGACAUCAUCAUCCAGACCUACGAUGCUACCAGCGAGAAGACUGUGUCUGAGCAGCUCACCUCCAUUCAGUCCCUUGGUGGCAAGACCCUGGGUGAGCUCUCUCACGUUGGUCCGGACAACAAGACCCCCCCUGCUGGCUGCGUCGUCGCGGCAGUGGGUGCUGAGGCUGCUGUCUACCUGCGCGUUUCCAAGGAGGUCGCACUCGAGCAGGAGGAGAAGGCCAAGGCCAGUCUUGAGCGUGCCCGUGAGACUGUGCGCCGAUCUCAGACCGUGAUGAGCGCUCCCAACUGGAAGGAGAAGGUCAAGGCGGAGGUUCGUGAGACUGAAGAGAAGCGACUGCGUGAUGCCGAGAGUGAGGCCGCUCGCUUGGAGGAACAGAUCAAGGAGUUUGAGAAGCUUCGUCUGGAAUAA